AUUCUUCUUAGCUUUACUAUUGUAUCUCUCCCUCUUAGAAUCCCACAAUUCGAUUGAGCUCAUUUACUCCAAAGCUCCUUCCAUUGAACCAAAAAGAUUUUGAGUUUUGGUAGUUAAGACACACACAAAAACCAAACUUUUUUUUUUCUUGUUCUCCCCCUUUGCCAAACUCUCCCUUAAAAAACAUUAUAUAUUUAUUUAUUUAUUUAUUUUGUUGCUCUUCAUCUUUUUCUUCUUUUUUUUUUUUUUUGACUUGAAUGAAUGCUGAUAUAUGCCCGCACACUUCGCUCCACACCUCCGGUUAUUACUACACAAAGAGUUAGAAGAAUUCAGAUUCAUUCAAAUUUGUUCAUCCAAGUGGAUAAGAAUUCCACUAUUGCUUCCAUCAUCCAAUUCCAACUCUUCCAAAACACCCUCCGAAUUUUAUCACAAGACUUCCUCCUCCUUCUUCUUCAUCAUCAUCUAGAAGAUAUAUAUAUAUACAUUAAACAUAUCCCAAAAUCAAUCAUUUGAUUUUUUAUUCAAAUUAAGGUGAAGAAUAUAAAAGGGAUCUUCUUCUUCACACUCUCUACCAUCACUUCACUCUCUCCUUUUCUCUUACUCUUCAACAAAAACACAAACAGAAUCCCAGGGUUUUCUCUUCAUAAAUGGAUCCCCUAAACCUGUCAUAAACAGUUACUUUGGAUAAACCUAUUUGAACUACUUCUUCUUCUUAUUUAUUCUUUCUUAUUCAAUAUUCCUCUCCUUCUUCAAUGGACUUCUUAAGAGAGAUUGAAGGAAAACGAGUUCAUGAUCCAACGAUGAUGAUGACGAAAAGCGCAACCAGAUGUGUGUGCAUACCGGGCCCAGUGAUCGUCGGCGCAGGCCCAUCGGGCUUAGCGGCGGCGGCGUGUUUGAAGCAAAAGGGAAUCCCAUGUAUGGUGCUGGAAAGAUCCCACUGUAUAGCUUCCUUGUGGCAGCUAAAAACCUACGACCGACUUAAGCUCCAUUUACCGAAGCAGUUCUGCGAACUUCCCUUAAUGCCCUUCCCGGAAGGCUUCCCAACUUACCCUUCAAAGCAACAGUUCAUCCAGUACUUGGAGGACUACGCGGAGAGAUUCGACAUUAACCCGGUUUUCAACCAGUCGGUGGUUUCCGCGGAGUACGAUCGGGUUCUUGGGUUGUGGCGGGUCAAGACGACGGCUGCCGGUUUGAUGAAGGAGGAGAAGACGGCAUCGGCGACGGAGUACGUGUGCCGGUGGCUGAUAGUGGCGACGGGGGAAAAUGCGGAGGCGGUGGUGCCGAGGGUGGAAGGGAUGGAGGAAUUCAAAGGGGAGAUAAUGCACACGAGUUUGUAUAAAAGCGGAGGAGAUUUUGAAGGCAAAAAAGUAUUGGUGGUUGGAUGUGGGAAUUCAGGAAUGGAGGUUUGUUUGGAUCUCUGCAAUCAUAAUGCAUCUCCAACACUUGCUGUCAGAGAUACUGUGCACGUCCUACCACGAGAGAUGCUGGGGAGAUCAACUUUCGGGUUGUCCAUGUGGUUGCUAAAGUGGCUGCCCAUUCGCCUUGUCGAUGCCUUCCUGUUGAUUGUUUCGAGGCUCUUGCUUGGUGACACUUCCAAAUACGGCCUCCACCGCCCUCCAAAGGGCCCUCUCCUCCUCAAGAAUCUCUCUGGUAAAACUCCCGUUCUUGAUGUCGGGACACUUUCCAAGAUCAAAUCUGGCCACAUUAAGGUAUGUCCGGGCAUUCAAAGACUGACACGACAUUCCGCCGAAUUUGUGAGUGGCAAAAGUGAACAAUUCGAUGCCAUCAUUUUAGCAACUGGUUACAAAAGCAAUGUCCCAUAUUGGCUAAAGGAAAAGGAGAUGUUCUCAGAGAUGGAUGGACUACCAAAGAAACCAUUUCCAAAUGGUUGGAAAGGUGAAAAUGGGCUAUAUGCCGUGGGGUUCACAAAACGUGGCUUGCUUGGUGCUUCAAUGGAUGCUAAGAGAAUUGCUGAAGACGUUGAAAAGCAUUGGAAAGCAGAAGCUAAACAACAUUUCUCCUUAAUUUCUCGUCCAUCAUCCAAUACAUUCCAACGAUGAUUAGUUUAGUUUUUUUUUUCUUCUUAUUUUUAUUCAGUUUUCGGGAUGGGAAAAAAAAAUUAGGAGAGAGUUUGACUCAUGUUUUUGAAGUAGUAGCUGAGGGAAAGAGAAAAAAAGGAGGAAAAAAUUAAUACCCCAAAAAGGGGAAAAAAAAUCGUUUUUAUUCAGCAGCUACAUUUAUAGCUUUGGGGUUGGGUAACAAAAUUGACAGAAAGAAAACGCAAAAGAGUAUUGUUUUUGAGAGGGGGCGGGGGGACCUUAGUUAUUAGACACCUUGUACAUUUAGCCAAAUUCUCUAAUUGGUAGGGGAGAAGAGAUUACGACAUUCAGGUAGGAGGGUGAGAUUUGAGGUGAUAAAAAUACAAAUAUAUGUUGGUUUAUUUGAGAAAGAAAUUAUUUUCUGAAGGCUACUCAAUCUCAUAUUGUUGGUUCUUUAAAUUUGCCUUCUUUUUUGUUUUUUGUUUUUUUUUUUGUGGGUUAACUUUAUUGUUAUAUUUUAGAUGUUUAAUUAUAAAGUGAUCCAUUUAACCAUUCUUCAGAUCAUGAUUAUGUGAUUAUUUAUAGCAUUGUGAGGUUGAUGAUUGUCCAUGUGGGGGGUUGGAAUGGUGAAUUGGAGAAUAUAUGGAGAGGGAAUUGAAAUGAAUAUGAUGGUGAAAUGUAUUGGUACCAAAAUUCCAG